AAAACAACAGCACACCACAACUGUGUGGACAUCUCCACACACUGAAAUAAAUGCGCAGUUUUGGAUCAUCAUUCUUAGACAAAAUGGAACGAAAACACGGAGAAAAGCAGAGGAAUGUUGCCGAAAUUAGUCUGAACGUAAGUCAGCAAUGGUAGAAGAAGGCGGCCAUGAGGUGUAGGGUGAAAAACGAGACAUCGGAAUGCCACAAGCUGUCUCGCUGCUCUCUCUGUUGCUGGGGCUCAUGGGAUAUGCUUUGGCAGGGCUCAACAUCUGGCCCUCCUUCCACGUCGCCCUUAGCAACGCCAGUGUGUUCGUGGACUUCAGCACGAAAAGCAACAGCAGCCUCAUCCGCCACCUGAGCCUCUCUCUGAUUGACAUGGACACAAACGCCACCCUCCAGACCAGGACUCUGUCCAGCAACCAGUCUGCUGGUAGAGUGGAGUUCAGCUGCACCUGUUUCCUGUAUGCUGGAACUUUCCGCUUCCUGCUGAGGCAGACCAGCACCGCGGAGGAGUCCUACUCAAAUGGGACGGGGCGUUCGGAGAGUACCACGUGGUGGAGUUCAGAACUGAGGGUGCAGUGGCCCACAUUUCACAUUGCGGUCGAGAGGGUCGUAAACCACUCGGGAGCUUUUCAGAUUGGAAUAUCCACCAACGAACACUUCCAGCCUUGCUCCAGCAUCCUCGACCCUGCUCUCCUGCUCGAAGUCAGCUACAUGGAGUACAACCAGAUCGGACGAAAAGGCAUCAACAAGGUGCAAGCCCGCACGUAUCAUCCAAUCCGUCCUCUCCGUUCCCAGAUGAUCAAGCGUCCCUGUGCCUUCCCUUUCACGGAGAGGGACUUCAUACAAGUGUCCCUCCGCUCCCCUCAUUCAGCACAGGAGGUGAAAAGCUCCGGUCCUCUCUACCUUUCCCACAUCUUCUCCUAUAAGCUGCUAGUGGAAAACGCCAAUAUCUAUAGAAGUGGGUGUGAAGGGACUGUGACUGUGAAGCUAGUAACUCCACCUUGUGCUCACAUUGAUGGGAAAGUACUGUUGUUUAAAGACAGCGUUGUUGGAAGAGGGCUAGCUCUCUCCUCUGGGACGGGAGCAGGAGCAGUGAUGGGUUUCGGGCAAGAGGAUCCGCCCUCUCCUCCGUUGGCUUUUAACUGGCUCACUCAGGGAGAGAAUGAGACAGAAUUCAACUGCUCUGUUUUUUACCCGGGAAGGAGUAAGUACUGCUUCCGAUUUGUGUUUAACUACAGCCGCUCGCCGAGUCCGGCUCAGACCUGCCUGGUGGUGCACAGGAGCGAAGAAUCUUGGGGGCCCUGGAAGCAGUGGAGUGUGUGCAGUGUGAGCUGUGGCGAGGGAGUCAGGGAACGCGUGCGGGAGUGUUUGCUGCCCUCUGGUGUAGACGGGAAGCAGUGCACUGGAAUAGAGAAGAAACAGUCCUUCUGCUCCCUGGAAGACUGUGCAGCAUUGCCGGCUCCAUCUCCAUCUCUUCCCCCCGUACUGGCUGGAGUCGUCCCCCUAGGUGGCAACAUGGCGGUGGUUGCCGGCAUCUCCCUCUGCCUUGCUGUCAUUCUGGCCACAGUCGUGAUCACCGUGUGGCGGAAGCUCUGCCACACCCCUCAGUGCAGCUCAGUCCGCAGAGCCUCCGUGCAUUCCCCCGGCGGACGCAAACUCUCUGACGAGGCCUCCAUUUGCGGCAACAGUCUUCAGAGGCCGGGCCUCAUGAGCGUUGGUUCGACCCAGAUCCACAGGCCUCCACUGGGCAGUUCGCUUCUCUCACAGGAUCCGGAGAGGCUAUCGCCCACUGCUUUGAAGUUGCUGCCUCCCAUCUUUGGGUACCGUUUAGCUCAGCUCCAAUUAAAAGAAAUGAAGAAGAAGGGCUUGAAGGAGGCUACACAACUCUACCACGUCUCCUCAAGCCCGGUUCACGAUACCUCGGUAGAGACCCCCGCUUCACCAACCAACCCCCACAUUCCGUCACCCAUUGCGUCCUCCUUUUCUGAGUCUUCCAGGAUCACACCGGACCGACUAAGUCCCAGAGUGGAUCUCGUAUUGGGUCCUCAAGUUGCAGGUCAUGGAAGUGGGGGCAGUUCCAAGUGGCACGACCGCACUGCCGAUUGGGUAGAGAUGGUAGAGAGGAGCGGCAUAGCAGGUGUCGCAGAGAGACCGCAAGGAAAUGUGUAUCACAAGAAUCCACAUUUCCGCAGGACCUCCAGUUUCACUGACACAAAACCUCAGCUUUCAUCUUCAGGACACUUCCGGGACAGAAGCAUGACUCAGGUGGGAUCUCGGACCCUUCCUGAAGGAAACUCGUGGACCAAAGAUAGAAGAGAGAGGCCUCAAUUUAGCUCCUACCCCAUUCCAGAGCAUGACACCCCAAAGUCGACCCAUUGUAGAGGCCAGGGUAGCAACCAGAGGAAUCCCUGCAUACAAAAUUCCAUUCCUUCUCUUAGUAAUGAAGUGAAACACGCAGGAACCAACACCUCGCAGAAACAUGUGGACCACAGUGGUGCAGGGGAGAGACAGGUGAGUGGCCAGGUGGGAAACAGAGCUCGUGAGGGACUCUCAGGGAUUGGCGGUCCAGUCACAAGUCCUAACCGUCAGCACGGAGUGAACCUCAGUGUGGAACGGGCUGAGCAGAACUGGAACCGCCGCGGUCCAUCGCCGAUCCAAAGAAAUAUGCUGGCGCGAAAACUAAAGGAGGCUCAGUCCGGCUCCAGCGUCAGAGGACGUCAGCGCAGCUCUACCUUCAGUGUGUCAUCAUCGGACCACAGGAAAGACCAGGGCCGCCCAAGACCUGGGUCUGGAUGCUACAUCGGCACUGAAAGCUCUGCUUACACCCUGAAUGAGGCAGAGCAAAGGAUGCUGGACCUUUCACCAGUCUACACAGAAGAGACGAAUUAGGUCACAAAGAGGAAUUGUCUCCAAUAUUUGUAGCGGUAAUUAUUUUUUCUCAGAAGAAUUUUACAGGACUGCGAUUGGCUGGAGACCGGUUCAGAGGGUGUACCCCGCCUGUACCCCAAUAGCUGGGAUAGUCUCCAGCAGCCUGCGACCCUAGUGAGGAUAAGUGGUAAAGAAAAUGGAUGGACUUUUUACAGGAUUUUAAUAGUACACGUUUGUAGAUUAGUCAUUUGAUCGUUCUGGUAUAUUGCCUAAUUUUUCCAUCCAUCCAUUGUCUUACGCUUAUCCGAGGUUGGGUCGCGGGGGCAGUAGCUUCAGCAGGGAAGCCCAGACUUCCCUCUCCACAGCCACUACCUCCAGCUCUUCCGAGGGGAUCCCGAGGCGUUCCCAGGCAAGCAGAGAGACGUAGUCUCUCCAGCAUCUCCUGGGGCGUCCCCGGGGUCUCCUCCUGGUGGGACGUGUCCGGAACACCUCACCAGGGAGGCGUCUGGGAGGCAUCCUAAACAGAUGCCCGAGCCACCUCAUCUGGCUACUCUCAAUGCGGCGGAGCAGCGGCUCUACUCUGAGCCCCUCCUGAAUGACCGAGCUUCUCACCCUAUCUCUAAGGGAGAGCCCUGACACCCUGCGGAGGAAACUCAUUUCUGCCGCUUGUAUCCGGGAUCUUGUUCUUUUGGUCACGGCCUACAGCUCAUGACCAUAGGUGAGGGUAGAAACGUAGAUCGACCGGUAAAUAGAUAGCUUCGCCUUUCGGCUUCCCUCCUUCUUCACCACAAUGGACCGAUACAAAGUCCGCAUCACUGCAGAUGCUGAACCGAUCCGCCUGUCGAUCUCGUGUUCCAUUCUUCCCUUACUCGUGAAAUAGACCCCAAGAUAUUUUAACUCCUCCACUUGGGGAAGGAUCUCAUACCCGACCUGGAGAGGGCACUCCACUCUUUUCUGACUGAGGACCAUGGUCUCAGAUUUAGAGGUGCUGAUUCCCAUCCCAGCCGCUUCACAUGAGAGUUGGAGAUCACGGCUUGAUGAAGCCAACAGAACCACAUCAUCUGCAAAAAACAAAGAUGCAAUACUGAGGCCACCAAACUGGACACCCUCUACGCCUCGGCUGUGCCUAGAAAUUCUGUCCAGAGAAGUUAUGAACAGAAUUGGUGACAAAGGGCAGCCUUGGCGGAGUCCAACCCUCACUGUAAACGAGUACGACUUACUGCCGGCAAUGCGGACCAAACUCUGACACCGGUCGUACAGGGACGGAACAGCCCGUAUCAGGGGGUUCGGUAUCGCAUACUCCCGAAGCACCCCCCACAGGACUCCACGAGGGACACGGUCGAACGACUUCUCCAAGUCCACAAAACACAUGUAGACUGGUUGGACGAAAACCACACUGCUCCUCCUGAAUCUGAGAUUUGACUUCCCGACUGACCCUCCUCUCCAGCACCCCUGAAUAGACCUUACCAGGGAGGCUGAGGAGUGUGAUUCCCCCUGUAGUUGGAACACACCCUCCGGUCCCCCUUCUUAAAAAGUGGGACCACCACCCCAGUAUGCCAAUCCAGAGGCACUGUCCCCGAUGUCCAUGCGAUGUUGCAGAGGCGUGUCAACCAGGACAGCCCUACAGCAUCCAGAGCCUUUAGGCCAAAAAGGCACGAUAGGACUCCUUCUUCAGCUUGAUGGCAUCCCUCACCUUUGGUGUCCACCAACGGGUUCGGGGAUUGCCGCCACGACAGGCACCGACCACCUUAUGGCCACAGCUCCGGUCGGCCGCCUCAGCAAUGGAGGCGCGAGACAUGGUCCACUCAGACUCAAUUUCCCCCACCUCCCACGAAACGUGGGUGAAGUUCUGCCGGAGGUGGGCGUUGAAACGGGAUUCUGCCAGACGUUCCCAGCAGACCCUCACAAUUCGUUUGGGCCUGCCAGGUCGGACUGGCAUCUUUCCCCCACCAUCGGAGCCAACUCACCACCAGGUGGUGAUCAGUUGACAGCUCCGCCCUCCUUCGAGUCCCAGCUCCAGACCUGGCUCCAGAGGGGGGCCCCGGUGACCCGCAUCCGGACAAGAUCCAUUUAAUGUAUUCUUCAUAGGGGUUUUGGGAGCCGUGCUUUGUCUGGUCCCUCACCUAGGACUUUUUUGCCAUGGGUGACCCUACCAGGGGCGUGAAGCCCCUGGCAACUUAGCUCCUAGGAUCAUUGGGACACACAAACCCUCCACCACGAUAACGUGACGGCUCAAGAAGAGGUGCCUAAUUUUUAAGCAAUCUUUUUUUAUGGGUUAUUACAGUCAAGCCCAGAAUAUUCCCAGUUAGGCAUUCGCAUAUUCACCUUUUUUUUUCUUUUAACCUAUUCUCCGUUAUUCACAGAGAAUUUCACCUAUAAUAAAAAUUAUUACUUUGGUGCCAUCUUGUGGCAUUUUGUUUUCAAGAAACAAUGUUAAAGUGAGUUAAGGAGUUUCAUUUAGACAAGAAUAGUGCUUUGCUGCCAUCUUGUGACAUCUUGGUGGCGAGGAACUAUGUCGAAGUGAGUUGAGGAGUUUAAUUUAGACAAAAAUAGUGCUUUGCUGCCAACUUGGUGUCAAGGAAUUAUCUUGAACUGAAUUAAGGAGUUUCAUUUAGAUUAAAUUAGUGCAUUGCUGUGAUCCUGUGACAUCUUGAUAUCAAGGAACUAUGUUCAAGUGAAUUGAGGCGUUUCAUCUCGAUAAAAACAGUGCUUGCCGCCAUCAUGUGGCAUUUAUAGGCAACUAUAAACCUUUUUAGGGUUACGUCAACUACUUGCAGAUUUUGACUAUAUGCGGCUGGACUCAGUCCCAAUCCCGGCCUCUUAAAAUGACACGUAACACAUAGACAGUAUAAUACUCAGUAUGGAGUAUUUUUUAUAUCUUUUAUGCUUGCAUUGUUCUUGGGUGUGUUCAAAUAUGUUUACAGUGAGUUUAAAAGUUUCUUUUAAUGAGUUUUUUUUUUAAGUGUGUGGGAGGGGUAAAAAUAUAUUUUAAAAGUUUUAUAUGAUCUGUCUAUAUUGCGGUAGGUCUGGAACGUAUGCCUCGUGACAAACUUCACUGUUCACUGUAAUCCACUGUUUUUAGUAGACAACUGACAUGCAGUAUUUUCUAUGAGUUGAAAAGCCAAAAUUUCGUUACAAGUGAUCAAAUUAAACACACCUCAACACAAACACUGUAAAAUGAUGAUAAACUAAAGCAAUUUUGUUUGGGGACUGUUUUUUUAUUUUAUUUUAUUUUUUUUUACAGGAGUGAAGUAAACAGGAAGAGUGAUCUUGCGUUAAAAAAUAUUGUUUAAAUAUGAAGCAAGUAUCAGCAUUUUCUGUUGAAAACAAAUGUAGUUAUGUUUUUUGUUGCAAUUACUCAUUGUAAUUAUAUAAAAUGACGAUUUGUUUUAUUUUAUCUUUUCAUUGAAGUUUCCCAUGUGACUUUUGACAAAAUGCUUUGUUUUAUUUGUUUGUUUCCUCUUUGUAUGUCAACCAAUGUUUUUUAAAAGAAAGUUUUUGUCACUGUUUUCAAGAAAAGAAAACAUAGUUCCUCAAUAUAAAUCACCUGUCAUACAUGGUUGGGAUGCAAUUUGUUUUUAUUAUGAGUUCCAUUACAUACAUUCUUUGUAAUGAUUGCUUAUUUGUCAUGAUAAAAGAAGAUAAUGUCCUCUGAUAUUUUACUGUCAAAGAGUAAUAAAACAGUAGUAAGUCUUGAAUGUUAA